AUGGCAUCACGUUCGGCCCGAUCCUCUCCGACGCGCCUUCUCUACUCCCUCUGCACCACAUCCGCCAGCCCCGCGCCGUCGCGGGCAUUCACGGCAGCUCUGCUGACCGGAAAUUUCCACAUCCGUAGUUUCUCUGCCGGGAGCGCCGCCGCCGCGCGGCUGAGGGAUGAGAAGGAGGCCUGGUGGAAAGAGUCCCUGCAGAAGCUUCGCAACAUCGGGAUUUCAGCUCACAUAGAUUCCGGCAAAACGACGCUCACGGAGCGGGUGCUGUACUACACGGGUCGGAUCCACGAGAUUCACGAGGUGAGAGGUAAAGAUGGAGUUGGGGCGAAGAUGGAUUCCAUGGAUUUGGAGAGAGAGAAAGGGAUUACCAUACAGUCUGCUGCGACAUACUGUAACUGGAAGGACUAUCAGACUCAGUAUUUCGAUGUUUUCGCUUUGGUUAAUAUAAUCGACACACCAGGCCACGUCGAUUUUACUAUUGAAGUGGAGAGAGCUUUGCGUGUACUUGAUGGUGCCAUUCUUGUCCUGUGUAGUGUUGGUGGUGUACAGAGUCAAUCAAUCACUGUUGACAGGCAAAUGAGAAGAUAUGAGGUCCCAAGACUUGCUUUUAUAAAUAAGCUGGAUAGAAUGGGGGCCGAUCCAUGGAGAGUUCUAAAUCAGGCGAGAGCUAAACUUCGACACCACAGUGCUGCCGUGCAGAUUCCAAUUGGUUUGGAAGAUGACUUCAAAGGUCUCAUUGACCUGGUCAACAUGAAAGCUAAUUAUUUUCAUGGUUCCAGUGGUGAGAAUGUUGUGAUUGAAGAUAUUCCUGCUAAUUUUGAAGAAUUAGCUCAAGAAAAGAGACGUGAACUAAUUGAAGCUGUCUCAGAGGUUGAUGAUAACCUUGCUGAAGCAUUCCUUAGUGAUGAACCUAUAUCAGCUGCUGAACUCGAGGAAGCUAUCCGUAGAGCUACUGUAGCACGGAAAUUUGUGCCCGUGUUCAUGGGUAGUGCUUUCAAGAAUAAGGGAGUCCAACCACUUCUUGAUGGUGUACUUAGCUACUUGCCGUGUCCUUCUGAAGUUAGUAACUAUGCUCUUGACCAAACUAAGAAUGAAGAAAAGGUCCCUCGACUGGUUCGGAUGCAUUCAAACGAAAUGGAGGACAUUCAACAAGCUCACGCAGGACAAAUAGUUGCUGUAUUUGGUGUAGAUUGUGCUUCAGGGGAUACAUUUACUGACGGGUCAGUCAAAUACACCAUGACUUCCAUGAGUGUGCCUGAGCCAGUUAUGUCAUUGGCUAUAUCAGCAGUCUCGAAAGAUUCUGGAGGAAAUUUUUCGAAAGCCUUGAAUCGCUUUCAGAAAGAGGACCCCACUUUCCGUGUUGGUUUAGACCCAGAGAGUGGCCAGACUAUUAUAUCAGGAAUGGGGGAACUCCAUUUGGAUAUAUAUGUCGAGCGCAUGCGGAGGGAGUACAAGGUUGAUGCAAUUGUUGGGAAGCCACGUGUCAACUUCAGAGAGACUAUUACCCAGCGUGCUGAGUUCGACUAUCUGCACAAGAAGCAGAGUGGGGGACAAGGUAUAUGGAACCACUUCCACCGGGCUCUGGUACUAAGUUUGAAUUCGAGAACAUGCUUGUGGGACAAGCUAUACCCUCUAAUUUUGUGCCAGCAAUUGAAAAGGGUUUUAAAGAGGCUGCCAACUCGGCGAGAUGUUUUAAAUAGUAGUAGUUACCAACUUGCGCAGGGCUCUCUUAUUGGGCAUCCAGUGGAAAAUAUUCGUAUUGUUUUAAACGACGGUGCAGCUCAUACCGUGGAUUCAAGUGAACUUGCUUUUAAAUUGGCUUCUAUAUAUGCCUUCAGACAGUGCUAUACAGCAGCAAAACCUGUUAUAUUGGAGCCUGUUAUGUUAGUUGAGUUAAAGUUCCCCUCAGAAUUUCAGGGCAGUGUAACUGGCGAUAUUAACAAGAGGAAAGGCAUUAUUGUGGGGAACGACCAGGAAGGAGAUGAUUGUGUGAUUACUGCACAUGUACCUCUUAACAAUAUGUUUGGUUAUUCGACCUCCCUUCGGUCAAUGACUCAGGGGAAAGGUGAAUUUACGAUGGAGUAUUUAGAGCACUCGCAAGUUUCCCAAGACGUACAGACACAAUUGGUGAAUGCACACAAGGCUACGAAAGGGGGAGAUUAG